GUGUGAAGUUCUAGUCCAGAAACCAUUGUACCGUAAUCGAAGGGACGGGUGAUCACCAAGUCAGCAAUGACGUCAUAGGAAGGCGUGACGAGGACCUCUGCCGACGACGUGCCACCGCCUCGACACGCUUGCAGACUUACAACACAUCCUGACAUCCUGCCGCAUCGGCAUUCACAAGCAAACAUGCCUGAGCCUGAGCCCCAAGACGAGACACGCCCCUUGACGCGGCCAGCGAACCAACCCAGCAGCUUCCUGAGACGCCAAGCGGGGGCCAUCAAGCGGUGCGCCAUCGCCGCUUCCUAUCCAAUACGUGGCAUCUGGUUCUUUGUCCGCAGCGGUGAAUACUGGCCGCUGUUCUUCGGAAGACUCUUGCCUCUGUCUCUGAUAUCGUGUCUGGUGUAUCUCAUCCUGUUCACCUUCGCUUUCCUGCCGCAGCUCGCCUUCUUGGCGAUUUUCCAGGGGCGAGGCGCGUGGCUCAAUGCGACGUUCCUGGUGCUCGGUGAGGGGCUGGUCAUCAUCCAGGGUCUCUUUGAAGGCUUCUUUGUAGACGAGUGUCGCGUGGACGUGUUUGAUGCGACGCUCAUCAAGCUCUCAUGGACGGACCUUGUGUCCCCACAUCGUGUCCUGUACCCAGACGCCCCCAAUGCGAUCAAGAUGCUUGGGAAACCGACAUCAUCCGCCGUGUAUACGCCAUGGAGUAUCGUCCAGAUCGUCGAACUCGCAUGUUGCCUGCCGCUGAAUUUCAUCCCCUGGUUCGGCACACCCAUGUUUGUCAUGAUCACGGGGACUCGCCUGGGCAAGCUGUCCCACUAUCGAUGGUUCCAGCUGCGUGGAUUCUCCAAGCAGGAGCGCAAGGUGGAGGCGAAGCGCCUGGCGUGGGAAGAUGUGUGGUUUGGAACGGUGGCCAUGAUCUUGGAGCUCAUCCCGAUCUUGUCCUUCUUUUUCCUGCUGACUACCACGGCGGGCGCUGCCAUGUGGACAGCUCGUAUUGAGGAGAGCCGACGGUCCGUUGUGUCUGAGGAGGGUGAGCAAGCGGAGGGGCCGAAUGAGCAGCCCCCAGCAUACAGUGAUGUGGUAUAACAGGUUAUUUGUUGCCGCGAAGAUUUCGAGAGCAAGAACUGCACGGUAUGUAGCCUGCAUUAAUUUGACGACUUGAGUUUAUCAAUGUCGAUAUACUUUAUAAAAGCGCUGGAUUAUGUACAGGGGUUUGCAGAGAAACGACAAGUGCAUGCCGUUCGGUCAGACCUUGCCCAACCAGCCCAUCCCCGUCUUGCGCAUCUUCACUAUCUUGGAGCAGAGCAGGAAGAAGCACCCGAAGGCCAAGGAAGCCCCCGAGAACGCCUGCGCGCCCACAUAACUCCCCGUGGAGUCAAUGAUGGAGCCAGCGAUGGGGGGUCCCGUCAGGACGGCUAAGAGAACCACAGUCAGCUCCCGUCGGGAGGCCCAAUAGAGAGAACUCUAACUUACAAAAC